AUGGUUGAGUCGAUAUUUUCUGCUGAUCAUAUCAAGGAGAUGCAGCCAUAUAUUCAGAAGACGGUGGAUGAUCUCCUUGGUGCCUUGAAAGCCAAGGGAUGUGCAGAUGCCCCCGUUGACUUGAUUAAAGAGUUUGCAUUACCGGUUCCAUCAUAUAUCAUCUAUACAAUCCUUGGUGUGCCCUUCCAUGAUCUCGAAUAUCUUACGCAGCAGAAUGCUAUACGGACCAAUGGAAGCUCUACUGCACGCGAGGCAUCGGCCGCAAAUCAAGGGUUACUCGACUAUCUUACCAAAUUAGUGGAUCAAAGGACCCAAGAGCCCAAGGACGAUCUCAUUAGUAAACUAGUUGUUGAUCAAGUAAGGCUUGGGAAUAUUGGAAAAGCAGAUGCCGUGCAAAUAGCCUUUUUGCUGCUCGUCGCAGGAAAUGCUACUAUGGUCAACAUGAUUGCCUUGGGAGUUACGACUUUGUUUCAGCACCCUGAUCAGCUUGCACAACUAAAAGCCGAUCCUUCACUCGCUCCUGCAUUUGUGGAAGAGCUAUGCCGAUAUCACACAGCUUCAGCACUGGCAAUCAAAAGAACGGCUAAAGUUGAUAUUGAGAUUGGCGGCAAGCUUAUCAAGGCUAAUGAGGGCAUCAUUGCUUCCAAUCAAUCCGCGAACCGUGACGCCGACAUUUUCGCAAAUCCAGACGAAUUCAAUAUGAAUCGCAAAUGGCCUAAUGAAGAUGCUCUUGGAUUUGGAUAUGGAGACCAUCGUUGCAUUGCCGAGACUCUUGCAAAAAUCGAGUUGGCAACCGUCUUCUCCACACUUUUUAAAGAAUUGCCUAAUCUCGAGCUUGCAGUGCCUAUUAACAAAAUCAACUUUACACCAUUACACAAAGAUGUUGGAAUUGAAGAUUUGCCGGUAGUUUUCUAA